AUGGCUCAGACAAACUGCACCCAGGUGACGGAGUUCGUUCUUGUGGGCCUCACAGAUCGCCCGGAGUUGAAGAUGCCCCUCUUCGUGGUGUUCUUAUCCAUCUACCUUUUCACAGCAGUCGGCAACCUGGGACUGAUCCUGGUCAUUCGAACAGAUGCCAGACUCAGCACACCCAUGUACUUUUUCCUCAGCAACCUGGCUUUUGUUGACUUCUGCUACUCCUCUGUCAUCACACCUAAGAUGCUCGGGAAUUUCUUGUACAAACAGAAUGUGAUAUCCUUCAACGCAUGUGCUGCCCAGUUAGGAUGCUUUCUCACAUUCAUGGUAUCAGAGUGCUUGCUACUGGCUUCCAUGGCCUAUGACAGAUAUGCAGCCAUUUGUAACCCUCUACUGUAUAUGGUCACAAUGUCCCCUGGAAUCUGCCUUCAGCUUGUAGUCGUGCCCUAUAGCUAUAGCUUUCUGAUGGCAUUGGUUCACACAAUUAUAACUUUCCGGCUGUCUUAUUGCCACUCCAAUGUCAUCAAUCACUUCUACUGUGAUGACAUGCCUCUUCUCAGGCUCACUUGCUCAGACACUCGCUACAAGCAGCUGUCUAUUUUGGCUUGUGCUGGAAUCACAUUCAUCUCUUCCGUACUGAUUGUUUCUGUCUCCUACGUGUUCAUUAUUUCUGCUAUUCUGAGGAUGCGCUCAGCUGAAGGAAGACGCAAAGCCUUUUCCACCUGCAGCUCCCACAUGACGGCUGUGAGCAUAUUCUAUGGAACUCUUAUUUUUAUGUACUUACAGCCAAGUUCUGACCACUCCCUUGAUACAGAUAAGAUGGCCUCUGUCUUCUACACAGUGAUUAUUCCUAUGCUGAACCCUCUAAUCUACAGCCUCAGGAACAAGGAUGUGAAAGAUGCCCUGAAGAAAGUCAGAGACAGUAGAAACCAGACCUCUAUGUUUAGAGAACUAAGAAAAUGA